AUGGGCAAAGCGAAGCAGGCAGUCUUCAAAGCAUGCGAGAGUCUCGAGGACCACAAAGAGCUGUUUCACAUCUUCCCGACCGGGGACAAAUAUAUUUCGCUUGUGACUGGGAGUAUCUCCGCGAUCGUCAAGGCCGCCGUGAACCACCAAGCCGUCGCGACCGGCGUGUCGAAGAUUCUCGCAGACAACUGGGAUGAUAUCAAAUAUCCCCGGGGGCUUAUCUCUGGCCCCUUCAACAAUGAACCCGUUCGACCAUAUGUCGCCCUCUUCUACACCGAGGUUUUCAAGGUCCUUGUGGGCAUUCUUGUUCACUGGCACCAAUCCCGUCUGCGGCGUGUCAUCCAUAGUUUUAACUUCGGUUACGUCGAGAACCUGGUGGGCAAAGCAAGGUCAAAUAUGAAGGAGCUGAUGACCAAAGUUGAACAGCAGAUGCAGCCGGAAAGAUGGAACAAAGUGGCCAGUAAAGAGGACUUGCUUCCGAUCGGCGAAAAGCUGCAACUCCUUUUGCGGGAGCAGGCUCGCAUGAACCAAAGCUUGCAGUUACUUGCCGUUAAGUCAAAGUCCCAUAAUGCAUUAUCACUUGAUAUAGAUGAUACCAAACUUUUGCCCCAGGAGUCAGAUUGUUCGUCUCUGUCAGCUGCCGAUCGGACAAUGUCAGAUUUCAAAGACUCGGCUCAACAUCUCAGAUCGUAUCUUCAAGACGUAUACUAUGCGAGCUUGAAAGAUCAAACCCACAAUCUCUCUGUCAGUCUCGAGGUCGUUAACAUUGUACAACAAUGGGUUACUACACCAGUGUCUUCCUGCCUCUGGAUUGACGGGCCUUUUAACACCGCCACCCCUUCGCAGAACACCCUCAUGAGCAGCUCUACCCUCGAUACAAUCCAGUCCAUGAAUCUCCCAGUCAUUUCCUACUUUUGUCUGAACAUCUGGGAAUACGAAACGGGCCCACCGAGAGAUUCCGAACUAGUGAGAAUGGUAUACUCGCUGCUUUAUCAGCUUCUCCGAUAUAUCCCCGACUCCUUACCACCUCCUGCCGCACUGGACUCGUUCGAAUUCUCCUCGCUGGAUGGGUCGACAGACUCUCUAGCAACUGCCAUCGCGAUCCUUGAUAAUCUACUACUUACUGCACCCCGAACAUUAUUCUGUCUCAUCAAUGGCAUCCAGCUGCUUGAUGAUGGUACGAUGAGUAAAUCAAUGGAGCUGUAUUUAGAGCAAUUUGUCAAACUAUUCUGCUCACCUAGAGAGACUCCACCUCUGUCCAAGGUUCUAUUCACGACCGAUGGCUUCACGCCUCUCUUGAGCUUGCCUACCAGUCUGGAUCAGAUUGAGAGAUGCACAUAUGAUCAGCCCAUGGGGCACAAGCGGAAGUCUGAUGGUAACUCCAGCCUGAUGAUUACUUUGCAACAAGCAGUUGAAAGCAUCCGAUAUUGCUUUUACCAUCCUGCCCCUUUAACGCGACCACGUGGUAGCAAACCCCGUUCAGGGUCAAGACAGACCGAACCCACUCCGUCUAGGUCCAGGGCAGAAAGAAGCCAUGACGUACAAGUUCAAAAUAGUCCUGCAGUUCUAUCUCAACUACACACGCCGGGUGGAUCCUCCGGAAUAGUAGAGAGUGAGCCCUCCACCGCAGGGCGAGGGAAUUACUUGGGCCCGUCCAGUUUCCUGUCCGUGUUUCAAGACGUCAGUCCCAACCUCGAGGUCUCGACAUAUGCUCGAUCCUCCGGCUCGUGGGGUCGCUGGAAUAGUGCUUCGAAUACUUUCGCGCGACGGCUGGUCCAGCUCCUUCGUCCGUUGGCGAUGUAUGAAGAAAUGAUCACCCGGAACUUCGAAGAAUGCUUGUUUAACACGAUCCCGGAGCCCCUAGCACUGCAACCGCUGAGGUUACUUCGGACUCAAAUUGAGAGCGGAAGGUGGUUUGAUGAUGAAGAGGCUCUAGCCUCUAUUAUCACUCGCAACACGGCAGAGAAAUCGAUUGUCAUCACCCCUAACAUGACGCCGGACGAGUUCUACGCCACUUUCACCGGGGAGAACCUAAGAUGGGAGUUUGUCGGAAUUAUCUUCACUUUGGCAGGACUAGCCACUACAACCGUAUGGUAUCAGUCUGACUCUUUUCUGAGCGAGACAGAGAAGGAUGCUUUCACAGAGGAGAUGGCUGCUGCAAGUAACGCGUGCAUCGACAUUUGCAAUCAGCAUGACAAUGUUAACGAUUUGUUGGUAUGGUUGUACCAUACACAUUUCGCGCUGGUGGCCGAUGCCAUUGAGGAACUGAGUGAUUACGUUUUUCGAGUCUUCGGGAAUUUGAUAUCGCACAUGUAUUCCCUUGGCCUGCAUCGACUCCAAGCAUCUAAUGCAGAUAUCCCUUUCUUUCUUUCGGAGACACGGAAGCGAGUAUUUACUUCGUGCUAUCGCACUGACAAGAAUAUCGCCAUGUUUCUCGGGAGACCGCCCCGACUGCCGGAUCACUAUUGCGAUACAGAUCUGCCGCUAGAUCUCGAAGAUGAGAGUCUAGUCUUAGAUCCAGUGUCUCUCAAACAGGUCCUCAGCGGGAUAUCUGCGGACGGCUGGAGUGAUGGGCCGUUUUCUCCUAAUGGGAACAUCCGACCGGCAACCGCAGUACGAGUGAGAUAUAAGAUAGCGAAAUUACGAGAACGAGUGGUGGCACUUUUUCUGGGCAAGAAGACUAAGACUUUUGACGACGAGUUACAGGCAGUUCAUCUCGACCUGCAACAAAUGUGGGAGAGUAUUCCGGUCCAAUUUCACUAUCACGCCACCGGAUUCGGAGACAAGAACCCGGCCAACGCGUCCGUUCGGGUCAUCACCUCGAUGGAGUAUCUGCAGGCAGUCUCGCAGAUAGAACGAAUUAGAUGCCGCCAAACUCAGGACUCUAUGCACAACUUACUGAAUUCAUCGAUGCGAAUCGUUACUGCCUUGAUUGAAUUCAUUAAAGCCCGCAAGCAGGGUGGAAAUAUCCAAAAGGGGUACAUGGGAGUGUUCCUUCUUUACGGUCUUCCAGCCGCCGGGGUGCUCGCGAUCGAGCUUCAUCGAUGCACCGUUCAGGGGACGCCGCUUCCCUCCUCUAUUCCUCGGUCCACCAUAAUUCGGAAUCUGAGCCUGCUUGUAUCAUGGUUCGAAGACGUGAACAAUGUCAUUAGCAUCACGCAGAAAAAUUGCGUGCAGGUCAGCGAGGUAAUUACAAGACUUCUUGACGAAACUUUGAACCACCAUGCCGGGGCAGGUGCCCAAACGACGGACCAAGUCCAGCACCGAUCAGGGAUCGAAGGAUGCGAGGGACCCCUAAAUGAUAGUAUUACGGCUUUGGGACCCCCAGCCGACAGCCUCCUGUUGCCGGACGAGAACGCCCUCAACGUGAAUACAUUUGGAACGAGUGUUGAGUUUCUAGAUUGGUGGGAUGAAUUCUGGGUGGAUGGUUCCAUUCCGGAGGCUGUGUUAUAA